AUGGCGUUGAAGAAGAGGUCAAAGACACAAUCCUCGCCGACACGAGGAAGGCUACAUAAAGUAGAGCUUUGGUCGAGGUUCGGGGAGUGGGGAAGUGGAGAAGAUGAGCAUAGGCAAACCAUAGCAGCAGGAAAAGGUAGUGGAGGUGGAAGCCUUGAAGACGUUAAAAACGUUAACCGAGCAAGGGUUUUGCCUCUUGCAAAACUCUCCUCCGUCACCCCAAGCAGCCGCCUAGAGAGGGAAUUCCGACGGAGCACCGCUAGGGUUGCUUGGACAGGGAAGCGAGCCGUCGUAGGAGACCAGUGGUUAGGGAUCAAGGGGUUUGCAGGUUUGGGAGCAGAUCUGGAGUUUCCGCAGUUAUGA